CAACACCGUCGACGAUGUCAACGCCGACCACGACCACAACCCACAUCACCGUCGCCACUACCAACACCACCGACAUCGCCACCGCCACCGCCACGACGACCACGACGCCAGAGUCGGUGACGGUGACGCCAAUGACGAUGGCGACGAUAACCAGCCCACAAUCAACCACUGCUCCUUUUGUUAACACAUCAUUAUCGAUGAUUACUGAAAAGGUCAAUCUUACCUUGGAUACAACAACCUUAAAUAUUUCCCGUCAAACAACAAAUCCACCAUCUCUGUCAGAUACAGUUUAUAUCAGCACAGUUCAAACUCUUUUCACAGUCAAUGCGGUCUUAUAUAAUUCACAGGGUAAUGGAAGUCUCCCAUGGUCUGACGACUAUAAUGACUAUUUAUCAGUUGCCUACAUUGCACUGGCAUCACAAUUCUGCAGCACGAUCACACUCAGUUUAUCAAAUGCAAAUCCCUUAAUUUUUCAAGGUGCUAAAUGUGCAAAAGUUGUAUUCAUAAAAGUCCCUUUAUUUACUCGUGUAAAAAGACAAAUCAGUAGCAGUAUUAAUAAUAAUGGUAGUAGUACAGGUUUUGGAGUUCAAGGCAGUACAGCAGUGGAACUGCAGACUCUAUCAGCAUCUCAGAUGAGUCAAACACAAUUCUCUGAACUACUAACUCAAGGUUAUAGUCAACUUAAUAAUACAGCCGGCAUACAACUAAACAACAUAGAAGCAACACGUGCUUCACCAGCUAUUACAUGUCAAAAUAUUCAACUAGUUUGUGGACAGCAUGCAUCCUGUCGAAAUACUGAGAACGGUGUAACAUGUAUAUGUGAUCCAAUGUGGCAGGAUGCAAAUCCAUCCGAUCCUGGGAAAAACUGUUCAUUACAUCCUGGAACUAUUGCCUUGAUAGUAUUUGCAGCGCUUCUACUAUUAGCAGCAAUUGGUGCAAUCAUCUAUUUUAUUAUUAAGACAAAAUCAGUGAAAAAAUUCAAACUGAAAGCGAAUACAAUGAAUUGAAACAUUUCAACCCAAUAAUCCGGCAACAAUGUUAUGGUGAAUUAACGCAAUUUCGUAGAAGUUAAAUAACACAAGAAGUAUUAUUAAAUUCUCUUUAUAAUAAAAUACAAUUGAUGAUCACUUGUCAUGUUUGCUAGAUACAAAAGAGUGAUUAAAAUUUGUUUUUGUUUUUCUAAACUUUCUCUGAGAAUAUUUUCUUGCCUGGAUCUUUCUUUCUUUCUUUCGUGCUGUCAUUCUGUUAAUUUCUAGUUAUCAUUUUAUCCAGUAUUUUGAUGUUUUAAUAAUAUACCUAAUUUAAACGGAG